GCAAGUUGUUCCCGGGCCCGGCGCGGGCGUCGCAACUUCGGCACGAGGGCAACCGGCUGUACCGAGAGCGCCAGGUGGAGGCGGCGCUGCUCAAGUACAAUGAGGCGGUUAGGCUAGCCCCAAAUGACCACUUGCUUUAUAGCAACAGGUCUCAAAUUUAUUUUACCCUGGAAUCUCAUGAGGAUGCACUGCAUGAUGCAGAAAUAGCAUGUAAACUCCGCCCAAUGGGUUUUAAGGCACACUUCAGAAAAGCGCAAGCCUUAGCCACCCUAGGCAAAGUGGAGGAAGCCCUGAGAGAGUUUCUCUACUGUGUAUCCCUUGAUGUAAAGAACAAGAGAGCAAGAUCUGAAGCCCAGAGGCUUCUCCUUAGUUUCUUUUCACCAUCAGUCCCGGGGGAUUCUCAGGAACAUUCUCCCGAUAUCCUGAAGCUGUUGGCACCUCACCCUAGAUUAAAGGAACACGUAGAGUCAAUGUCUACUGAAGGCACCAGCCAUAAUCUACUAAAGUUGUCACAGGAAAAUCCAGAGCUCCCGCAUUGUUCUAGUCAGAAGGAAGCAUCAGCCAGCAGGGAUGGUAGCAAACUAAUGAACUCUGCUAAAGUACGGGCAGAUGGUCAGCAAGACAACAUGAAAGAACAGGAGGAAGAAGAGGAGAAGCAGGACACUGCCUCUCCAGAUACUGCGUCUGUCAAGUCUGGCAAAUGCCAGGAAAAGAAAAGGAAACAUUGCCAAAUUGAACUCCGAGAAGACACAGAGGUGUUUAAUAAAGCGUACAAGCAAGAUCUUCCCACUGAUCAGGGGGCCAAAGCUGCUCUCAAUAUUCCACUUGCAUCUUUUGACGCCUCUGACCUUGAAUGCUCCCUGUGUAUGAGAUUAUUCUAUGAGCCAGUCACAACACCUUGUGGGCACACCUUUUGCUUAAAAUGCCUUGAAAGAUGCCUGGAUCACAAUGCAAAAUGUCCAUUGUGCAAGGAUGGUCUCUCACAGUGCUUGGCAUCAAGAAAAUACAGCAAAAAUGUAAUAAUGGAAGAGCUAAUAGCCAAAUUCCUUCCAGAAGAACUCAAGGAACGGAGGAGGCUUUAUGAAGAGGAAAUGGAAGAACUCUCUAACUUAAAUAAGAAUGUGCCUAUUUUCGUGUGUACCAUGGCCUAUCCAACCGUUCCUUGUCCUCUGCACAUCUUUGAGCCUUGCUACCGCCUGAUGAUUCGGAGAUGCAUUGAGACAGGCACGAGACAGUUUGGGAUGUGCCUUGGAGAUCCCGUCAAAGGGUUUGCAGAAUAUGGCUGCAUGCUAGAGAUCAGAAAUGUUCAAUUCUUUGCUGAUGGUCGCUCAGUGGUUGACAGCAUAGGCAAGAGGCGCUUCAAGGUGCUCCAUCAGGGCCAACGGGAUGGCUACAACACAGCCGACAUUGAAUACAUUGAAGAUCAAAAGGUUCAGGGAGAGGAUUGUGCUGAGCUCAUGGGAUUACAUAAUUGUGUCUACGAGCAAGCGUCAUUGUGGUUUCACUCACUCAAAUCGUCUCUGAAGAAUCGAAUACUCAAUCACUUUGGUCCAAUGCCAGAGAAAGAUGCUGAUCCCCAGAUUAACCCGAAUGGCCCAGCCUGGUGCUGGUGGAUAUUAGCUGUUCUUCCUUUGGAAAGUCGAGCUCAGCUCCCGUUUCUUGCAAUGAGGUCCUUAAAAGAUAGACUGAAUGGUAUUCGACGAGUCCUGGCUUUUAUAUCCCGAAACCAAAACUAGUGAGAGUGGGUUGCUGAAGAGAAAUUCCCACCCUCCCUGCUGCCUUGGGGAGAUUGACUUGUAAAUAUAUCUAAUUGCAAUAACAUCUUAACAGAACAGGUUAUCAAAAAGAGGUGUGUUUUCCUAUUUUUGAUCACACAGAGAAAUCGAGUAGAAAGACCAAAUGAAUGUUACUUGUUUGAAACUUGCUAUUUUAAGAUGCUUCUUGACAUGCUGCACAACUACAUAGACUGCAGAGGUGUUUAAAAGCCUAGAAAAAAACCCGUGAUUUUCACAUAAGAUUUUCUGGAAGUUUAACAUGACUUUUCUUUAGUUUUUCCUCUCUUUUGUAGGUGAAUGACUGUGUGGUUGAAAUGUGAAGCAAAGAUACUAAUAAUGUUGCUGCAUUAUUUCACUGACUUGAGUUCUCAUUCCAAAUGGUUCAGGUUUUAUAGAGCAUUGUGUAAAGUAAUGUUCAUACUUCUUUCUGUUUUAAUAAUUUAUUUUUUGCACUACUGUAUCCUUUUUCUACAUGUAUGUUUGUAACUAUUUAAGUGUACAUACAUUACUGAAAAAUCCAUUGCUUUAUUUAUUGAUGUGGUUUACCAUGUACCUAGGGGGAAUCACAAUACUAGAAAUGUGCAAUUUUUGGUCAAAAGGUUUUUACUACAUUGAUCCCAUUUCUUGAACUGUUUCUAUGUCUAUCCUAGUAGAAGUUUAAAAGGACUUCAGAAUGAUGCUAAGAUCAUCCAUCUUCAGAUUCAACUUUUCUAAUUUUAAUUAAACAACACAAAAUACUUCAAUGAUUCAGCAUAGAUUAUGCUUUAUGCCAAGGUAAAGUAAAAUAAUCCAUUUUCUUUGUGUAAUACAGACCGAGGUGGAAAGAAUUGUUGUUCUAGAGCAAUAAGCAAAGGGUGUCUUUAAUUACAACCUAUUAUGGGCAUUUAUUUCAGUAAUCUGACUAGAAGUGAUGGGUUUCAAAAGUAUAAUAGGUCACAGCCAUUCCAAGCUAGCCCACACACUCCACAUGUUCUCGAUGUUCUGAGGAUGAAGACCUGUGCUAAAACACUUGAUGAAGGUCUAUUUGUUAUUACAACUGCACCAGAUAGGUAGAACCCUUUAAAACACAGUAAUUUAAAAUAACCAGACAUCUAUGGUUUCAUCAAAACCUUGCCUUUUCUUCUAGCUUCAGUGGGCCAAAGAUUUCAAUAUAAGAGAAGAAAAAGAAAGUAAAAGUAACAUUACUUAGCUUGAUUAGUACUGGUUUGAUUCCUUUCAUAUCUAAAGAACCUAAAAAAUACCAUGAGUAUAAGAGAGUCAUAAUGUCAGUGAAAAGAUUAGGGCCAGAAGAAGUGAGUUGUGGCACUUGUGCCUUCAUGUAGAUUACCCUCCCUUGUGUGAUUCUGGACAGCGUGUUAUUUACUGGAAGCCAGCCCACUCUGUUAAGGUCAUGCCUGGAAUGAUUACAGUAACUCCCUGACUUAUGAAUGAGUUCUGUUCAAGAAUUAUUCCUAAGUUGGAUUCGUUCAUAAGCCGACAAAAUGAGUCUCAUACAGUAUACCUAUCAAAGUUUGCAACUUGAAUUUUCGUAAGUUGGGGUCUUACUGUAGCCUGACUUCUAUACCACCAGUGGCCAGAAAUAGUAAUGGGCAAAUGAGAUGAUCCAGAUAAUAUUUAAGAGACUCGUGUAAGCAGAAAGCACAUUUUCUUCUCACUUCUUAGUGGAUGUUGUGUUAGCAGGUUUGAUGCUUGGAGUAUACUGGGCUGGGAAAGAAUGCAAGUAGAGUAGAUAGAGUGGAAAGACCUGUCUGCCGAGGAAAACUCUACAAGGCUCAGAGUACAGUAAAUUAGAGCCCCUUCCCCCAUGCUCAACUAUGUGUACAUAGUCUUGGUACAACAAUUUCUUAUUCUGUAGUGUAAAAACAACAAAGGAAAGCUUGUAAGCUUCUCCAUUUACUAAAUGUGUUGCUUUGACAAGUGAUUUAACUUUGGCUGAGCCAGUUUCCUCAUCAAUGAAAUAGUAAUGAUAAAUAUUGCAUAUAGGGUUGUUAUGAACGUUAAGUGAAAUAUGCCUGAAAUCCUGUAGCAUGGCAGCUUGACUAGAGGAGAUAUUCAACAAAUCAGAGUUGGUCAUAGUUACAGAAUAUCCUCAAAAGCUAUAUUUGCAUCACACAUUGCAUUUACACACAGCACCCACUUGCAACCCCUUUAAACUUGGUUGGAGGAAUCUGCACCACUGAAUUUUGACCAUAACUUGAUGGCUUACAGGUGAUUCCUUUGGGGAUUUAUUCUGUUUGGGAAAGUGAAAAGAGAACAAAUGAGGGUCAGAGGUAGGGAUUAGUACUAUGCCAACAAAUGGUUUCCUGUUUCAAUAACUGCUAAAAAGCAGGGUUCCUUGGAAAUCUAGCUUCUCUGAUAAAAUGGAAGCCUUAAAUUCUAACUUUGUU